AUGGCUAGAACUAAACAGACCGCAAGAAAAUCCACCGGAGGUAAAGCUCCAAGAAAGCAGUUGGCUUCUAAAGCCGCCAGAAAGUCUGCUCCAGUCAGCGGCGGUGUCAAGAAACCACACAGAUAUAAGCCAGGUACUGUGGCGUUGAGAGAAAUCAGAAGAUUCCAAAAGUCCACCGAACUUUUGAUUAGAAAGUUGCCUUUCCAAAGAUUGGUCAGAGAGAUUGCCCAGGACUUCAAGUCCGACUUGAGAUUCCAGUCCUCUGCUAUUGGCGCUUUGCAAGAAGCUGUUGAGGCUUACUUGGUUUCUUUGUUUGAAGACACUAACUUGUGUGCUAUCCACGCCAAGAGAGUCACCAUCCAAAAGAAGGAUAUCCAGUUGGCAAGAAGAUUGAGAGGCGAGAGAUCGUAA